AUGUCAACUUACACCGACGUCGUCAUCUGCGGCAGCGGAUCUGCCGGUAUCUGCGCAGCGCUGUGGCUGGCGAAGGCGGGGAUCUCGUUUAAGAUGUUAGAGAAGAAGUCCGGCCCUCUCCAAGUCGGCCAGGCCGACGGAGUACAGUGUCGAACGGUUGAGGUGUUCGAAAGUUUUGGAAUCGCUGAACCUCUAUUGAAAGAGGCCUAUCAUGUCAUUGAGUUGGCAUUCUGGUCUUCAGACGGCGCAAACGGGACACUCCGGAGGACAGACCGAGCCCCUGAUACACCCAAGGGACUUUCACAUCAGCCACACGUGAUACUGAAUCAAGCUCGCGUCAACGAAAUUCUGUUGGAGGAGAUGUUUCGUCGUAAUCCCCACCAGAGCAUCAACUAUGGUCACGCCGUGCGGAACGUGGAAAUCGUCGAAGAUGGUCAUUCGGAAAAGUUCCCCAUGCGGAUAACAACCGAUCAUGAAGGUAGUGAGCAGACUUUUAGAGCCAAAUAUGUUAUUGGAGCCGACGGCGCUCAUAGCACUGUACGUCGAUGUCUCGGCUUCAAAAUGAUUGGCGACUCGAGCGACGUCGUCUGGGGGGUCAUGGACAUCUACCCCGAUACGGACUUUCCCGAUAUCCGCAGAAAGUGCACCAUCCGUUCCAAAUAUGGAGUCCUGAUCAUUAUACCUCGUGAAGGUGGCACUCUGGUUCGAUUUUACCUACAAAUGCCCCAUGGUACCAUUGCUCAAAAUGUUACACUGGUAGCUUUGCACCGACAUGCUAAGACAGUGUUGGAAGGGUUUCAACUCGAUUUCAAAGACACGUUUUGGUGGUCAGCUUACUCCAUCGGCCAGAGAGUGGCGGACCAGUUUUCACUGCAGGACCGGGUCUUUCUCGCCGGAGACGCUUGUCACACGCAUUCUCCCAAGGCGGGACAGGGCAUGAACACCAGCUUACAAGAUGGCUACAAUCUUGGUUGGAAGCUGGCUCAAGUCUUGAAAGGGCAGAUCAAGCCUGCUGUACUUCAAACAUACGUUCUCGAACGUGGCAAAGUUGCAGCUGACCUUAUUGAGUUCGAUCGCCAGCUCAACUCCAGACUUCACAACGAUAGAUCCACCGGUGUCAACAUGAGCGGCUCUUCUCCGGCAAAAGAAGACGAAUAUUGGGCUCACGGGGAGUUCCAGAGGUACUUUGUGAAGAGUGCAAUAUACAUGGCAGGCCUUUCCCUUAGCUACGGAAAGUCUCCGAUCACAGCACACAAUAGUACAACCUCAAGCCUUGCAAGAGGAGUGCAGGUUGGCAUGCGAAUGCCAAGUGCACAGGUUGUGAGAUACUGCGAUGCCAGAGCCAUGCAGCUAGCAACAGCACUGAAGGCGGACUUGCGGUGGAGAAUUCUGGUAUUUGCAGGUGAUCUCACUCAGGAAAGGACGACAAUGAAACUGAAGCGACUCGAACGAUUCCUCAAUUCUGAUGGAAGUCCGCUCUCGCGCUUCACCAAAAAGCAUGACAAUCCCGACAGCUUCAUAGAGCUGAUUUUGGUGGCGAGCGGUCAGCGAGUCGAAGUUGAGAUGGAUUGCAUUCCACUAGUAUUUCGCCCAGUGACGGGGCAAUGGUCUGUUAGAGAGAACCACAACAUCUAUUUUGAUGACGUGAGCUACAAUCACGGCCACGGUCAUGCGUACGACAAGUUCGGCAUCGACAAAGGAGAAGGUGCUACUCUUAUUCUCAGACCGGAUCAACAUAACCUAGCCAACAUGGUGCUCAAACUUUCUUUCUCGUGCUGGGAUUACGACCGCAUGAAACCACUCGAAGAUGGACGAGUUCGUCCAGAUGGUAUUGAGCUGAACUUUCUGAAUCAUCGUGUUGAGGAAACGUUCUUCAGGCAGCUUCGUUUUCACGAAUUCGAUGUCUCGGAACUGUCACUCUCAUCCUAUGUUCUCACUCUCAACCAGGAGAAUGCCCCAUUCAUUGCUUUGCCUGUCUUCCCAUCCCGUUACUUCAGGCACCAAUCUAUGUACGUGAACACGAACUCGGGCAUUAAACAGCCCUCAGACCUCCGGCAUAAGCGAAUUGGUACACCAGAAUAUCAAAUGACUGCCGGAGUGUGGCAGCGUGGCAUCAUGGAAGAACACUUUGAAGUACCAAUCACCGAAGUGGAGUUCUUCAGCGGCGCAAUCGAGCCUUCUGACGAGGAGCGAAAGAGCAAGAUCCCGCAUUCCCUGCCUCCUGGUGUGCGAGUCAAUCAUAUCAGGCCCGGCCAAAAUCUUUCCCAGAUGCUCGAGGAUGGAGAACUCGAUGCAAUUUUCAGCGCCUCAAAACCAUCCAGCGUCGGGCGCAGUGCGCACUGCACAUACUUGUUCCCGGACUUCAAAAGCGUUGAGGCCGAGUACUACGAGAAGACGAAAAUAUUCCCUAUCAUGCACGUGGUUGCCAUCAAACGGGACGUCUACGAAGCCAACCCCUGGGUCGCACGUUCUCUCCAAAAGGCAUUUGCACAAUCACUGAAGUUGGCCAAAGAGGACUUAGAAGAUCGCUCAUCUUUGCACAAUAUGCUUCCAUGGCUGGAGGAUCAUGUGCGUGAGACCAAGAAGGUUAUGGGAGAGGAUUGGUGGAAGGAUGGGUUUGCUGAGAAUAGGCACAUUAUCGACAAAUUCCUCGAUUAUUCUUAUGCUCAAGGGCUAGCGAAGAGAAAGUUCAAACCCGAGGAGCUGUUUGCACCAAAUACGCUAGAGGCCUUCGUCUUGUAA